AAAAAAAACAGGCAGUCUUCCAUCAGUGUCUUGCCAUUGAUGCCCACACAGGAAGCAAAAACUAAUUACUUUGACCAUUUAAAUCCGCACCACAACGCUCUGUGUGACGACUGUAAAGCCAUAUCUGAUAUUCAAAGCAAAAAAAUAUGUUCUUGGAAGACUGCCAUCGAUACACCACUUGUUUUUCAGCUUUUUAAAAAAUAUCUUUUACAUUUUCUAUGCCAAUGCACUCCUCUACAAAAUCCCACCUAUCAUUAUAGAAUGAUCAGUUGAAAAUAGGAUUCUUUGGGUUAUCUUUUUAUCACAUCAGUUAGUUUAGUAGUUAUCAAUCACUUUUUUUUCAAUAAUGAAAACAAUGUGGGAUCUAAAAACCCCAAACACAAGAUGGUCUAUGUUUAAAAAUGCAAUUUUUUUUGCAAUGUGGAGCUGCAGGUCACUUCAAGCCAAAAUACUUAUCAAUUAUAUGUUGGAUUUUAGCUCCAAAAAUGCAUUGGAUUAAAAAUGUUUUUGAUUGAGUUUCCAAUUUAUUGAUUAUUCUGUGAGGCCUCAGAUUCAUCCUGUGACUCCCGUAGUGGUGCCUAAGUUUGGACACCAUGCCAGAUAAUCCUGAAAAUAAUUCAUGCGAUUGAGCCACCACAGGAAGCAACAAAACAAAUUACUUUGACCAUUUAAAUCAGCACCACAACGCUCUGUGCGACGACUGCAAAGCCAGAUCUGAUAUUUAAAGCAAAAACAUGUUCUUGGAAAACUGCCAUCAAUACACCAUUUUUUUCAGCAUUUUAAAACUUUUUUCAACUUUUCUAUUCCAAUGCAGUCUUCUACAAAAUCAAACCAUCGAACCAAUCAUUAUAAAAUAAUCAAUUCUUUAAAAAUUGAAUAAUUUGGCUUAUCUGUUGGGCAUUCAUUUACCUUUAUCAUUUCAGUUAGUUCAGCAGUUAUCAGUCACUUUCAUCAAUAAUUAAAGGGAUGUGAGAUAUACAACCCCAAACACAAGAUGGUCAAUGUUUAAAAAUGGAAAUGCUUUUGCAAUGUGGAGCUGCAGGACACCUCAAACAAGAAGGCUUAUAUGUUGGAUUUUACCCCCCAAAUGCAAAAAUACAUGUAGAUAAAAACAGUUUUAAUUUAGUUUCCAACUUAUUGAUCAUUUCGUGAGGCCUCAGAUUCAUCCUGUGACUCCUGUGGUGGAUCUCGACCCUCAUGGACACCAUGCAAAAUAAUCCUGAAAAUAACUAAUUCCUUUGAUGCCAAAGUAACUAGUAGAGACUGAUCAGUGCAGCUGCAAAUCCACCUGCAGGUUAUGAAACUAAAUUUACGAUCAGCCCAACCGACGCACGUUUGCAUGCUGGUUUCCAUUCUCAUCAUACGUUUCUUAUUCCCCUCCUCUUUCCUCACCGUGUCUGCAGCAGGACUCACGUCUCAUCUCGCUCUGCUCGUUUCAUCUGAUCCAGCUUCAGGAGGAGGAGGCGGGUCCUCACAUGGCUUUUUAAAGGCUCCCAUUGGAUGCACAGUCACCUGAGUCACCUCUUAGAACACACGAAACGCAUCAAGAAAGCUGUUUUCACCAGUUUAAAUGUGUCAACUCUCAACGCUGCAUGAUUUUUCUGACGUUUUCUACUUUCAAACUGAUUCAAAAUAGGAGAACUUCACGGGAACGCGCGCAGGUGAGCAGGCAGCCAAUCACGGAGCGCGCACUGGGUUCCGCGUUUGGAAACGAAAUCACACCCACAACUGUCCCUACAGCCACACACCCACGAGACACACACUGACCAGGAAGUGUUGCAGCGGCGUCCGGUAACACGACCACGACCAUGAUAUGUGUGAAGGCAGUCCAGCAAUGUGACUCGUUUCAAAAUGAGUAAGAGGAAAAGCAAAGCGACCAGCGAUGCGACAGCUUUCAAGAGCCGCAGACUGACAGCUGCUGGUACCGAAAACGGUCCAGAUGACACAAACCAUCAGGGACCGUCCUCCAGCAGCUUCACUGCUACAGGAGACAUCGGCCUCAUCGAGAGCAUCAGUCUGAAGAAUUUCAUGUGUCACCGUUCGCUCGGCCCGUUCCGCUUUGGGCCCAAUGUGAACUUCAUAGUUGGAAACAAUGGAAGUGGGAAAAGCGCCAUCCUGACCGCUCUGAUGGUGGGCCUGGGAGGAAAGGCCACCAUGACCAACAGAGGAGUGUCGCUGAAGGAUUUUGUGAAGACCGGUGAAACUGCUGCGGAUAUAACAGUAAAGCUGCGAAACAGAGGACCGGACGCUUACAAGAAGGACGUUUACGGCGACUACAUCUCCAUCGAGCAUCGGAUCUGGACCGACGGGUCUCGAACCUGCAAACUGAAGAACAAAUCAGGCCAGCUCGUCUCAAGCAAAAAGGAGGAAUUAACAGGCAUCCUGGACCACUUUAACAUCCAGCUGGAUAACCCAGUAUCCAUCCUCAGCCAAGAGAUGAGCAAACAGUUCCUGCAUUCUAAAAGUGAAUCAGACAAGUACAAGUUCUUCAUGAAAGCGACUCUGUUGGAGCAGAUGAGGGCAGAUUACGUCCACAUCAAACACACCAAAACAGUCACACGGCAGCAGGUGGAGAGACAAGAGGAGUGUCUCAAGGACCUGAAGCAAGAGUUUCUGCAGAAGAAAGAACGAUAUGAAAAAUGUUCAUCCUUCAGCGAGUUGAAGGCGGUUCUGGAGAAUCUGAAGAAAGCGAUGGCCUGGUGUUUGGUCGGCGAGAAGGAGCAGCUCAUAGAGCAGCUGAAGGAGAGGAUUGAAAAGGAGGAGAAUAAUCACAAACAUCAGCACAACCUUCAGCUCUGUCAGACUAAGAUCAGACAAGCAGAGAAGCAGCUUCAGUUCAUCGAAAGCAGAAUCGACAGUCUGAGAGACGAACAGAAGUCUCUUUCAGAGGACAGUCGCAAGUUGAAAGAACAAGUGAAGAUUGUUAGCAAAGCUCACAAAGAGCAGGAGCUUGUUUAUUUUCGGGCUAUGAACAAACUGAAGCAGUCGGAGGAAGAGCAAAACCUUCUUCAGGAGAAAAUCAACAAGGCAAAAGCAAGUACAAAUGUGAACAGUGAGGAACAAAAACAGCAUAAAAAACGACAGAAGACUUUAUGUGAUCUGAAGGAGAAGCUUGACGAGCUUCAGAAUAAAUGCUCGCAGCUGAAUCAAGAGAUCAGCAACAAACAUCAGGCGCUUUUCAAAGGAAGAGAAGAGCGAGACAAGCUGAGACUGGAAGAGAGGAACGUCAAGGCUUCAAUCGAGUCCAAACUGAAGAGGAGGAACCAGCUUCACGCCAGUCGGUCGAACAAACUGAAGCGGUUUGGAGAUCAUGUUCCUGAACUGAUGGCUUUGAUAGCUGAGGCUUAUGCAAAAGGACGCUUCCGAAAGAAGCCCGUUGGUCCAAUAGGGGCCUGUAUUCAUUUAAAGGAUCCCACGUUAGCGGUGGCGGUGGAGUGCUGUCUGCGGAGCUUCAUGAAGGCUUUCUGCUGUGACAACUACAAAGACGAGGCAGUCCUAGAGGAGCUCAUGUCUCGCUUUUACUCAAAGAGCAAAAGACCGCAGAUUAUCGUCAGCCCUUUCUCUGAAAAACUCUACAACAUCGACGGACGGAAAGCAUAUCACCCAGAAUACCCAUCUGUGCCGGACGUAAUCACGGCGACGAGCCCGGUCAUCAUCAACUGCCUGGUUGACAUGCGAGGGAUAGAGUCAAUCCUCAUAAUCAAAGAAAAAGACAAAGCGCGGAGGGUCAUGCAGCAAGGCCGGCCGCCGAAAUACUGCCGUGAAGCCUUCACUGCUGAGGGAGAUCAGGUGUAUCCAAACCGUUACUAUACCUCCGACUUCAGCAUGGCCAAAUACCUCGGUGGUGAUCUGGAGACAGAAAUAAGUAUGUUGGAGUCCGAUCUGGAGAAUCACCAGGCUCAGCUGUCCAGGUUUCAACUCCACGUGAACUCGGUGUCGGAAGACAUCGUGAGGAUGGAGAGUAGCCUGAACAGCGCCGUCGUGACCCUGAAGAAGACUCUGGCUUCCAUGAAUCAAGUCAAAGCGACAAUAACUGAGCUCGAAACUGCUGCUGAGGAGCAAAUCGAUGACAUCAGCUCCUUGGAAGAAGUCGCUCAAGAGAACCAGCAGAAAAUGGAGGCGGAAAAACAAACCGUUCAAGAGGUAAAGAUGGAACUCGACAAGCAUCGAGAAAAGGCAGAAGACGCCGACUCCAAGUAUUCUUCAGUUAGAGAUCGGAUUGAUCAGCUUUCAGAGGAAAUGGAGCCGUUGAAGGAUGAGCAGCUGAAACUGGAGGCAGAAUGUGCAAAGCAUGAGAGAAACCUUAAAAUCUUGGAAAACAAAUUUAAGGCUCAUGAAGGCAACAUCCAAGCCAUGAAAAGUGAACUUACGCAAAGAGAAGAAGAGUUACAGGAAUAUGUGGCCAAAGCUACUGAGAUCAGUCCUGAGCGGCAGCAGGUGACCGGCAGCACCAAGAGCAUCGACGCUGAAAUCACUCGACUGAAGAGGAAGAUCAAGGUGUACGAGAGCAGCCACGGCGAGCACGAGAAAGUCGUCAGAGAGUACGCCGAAGCCUUCACUCUCUACAGAGAGAAAGCCAACCAAGUCAGAGACCUGCGGAGAUUCAUCGAUCGACUCGAUAACAUCGUGUCAGACCGGCAGAACAGAUACAAAAUAAUGCGUAGGUCUCUCUCUGUCAGGUGUAAAUUAUACUUCAACAACUUCCUGAUAAAGAUGAACUACUGCGGCUCCAUGAUUUUCGAUCACAACAACGAGAAGCUCGCCAUCUCGGUGCAACCUCCAGGAAGGGAAGAGGACGGUGUGAGCGACGUGAGGACGCUGUCUGGAGGCGAACGCUCCUUCUCCACCGUUUGCUUCAUGCUUUCUCUGUGGGAGAUCACAGAGUCUCCCUUCAGAUGCCUCGACGAGUUCGACGUCUACAUGGAUAUGCACAAUCGAAGCAUCUGUCUGAAUCUUCUCCUGGAGCUUUCAGAGCGGCAGCAUCUCCGACAGUUUAUCUUCAUCACUCCUUUGACCACCAGCUAUCUACCCAAAUCCAGCCUCAUCAAAGUCCAUCAGCUUCAGGAUCCAGAGAGAGAACGAAGUCAGAGCACGAGAUGAUGGAUCUUAAAACGGAGCUCCGGAAACAAACUAAACUGAGAAAACGUGACGAGAAAACUGAGAAAACAGUCAUUACAACAUGUGAUGUAAUGACUGUUCAUGUGCAACGCUGAUGUAUAUACCAGUAUUAUUUAAUGGACUUGGGAGCUUUGAAAAUGUUAUUUCCCUUGUGGAUGUUUGAAGAUAUACAUUCAACUUUCAUGAAAUCUGAAUUAUAAUUGUGCUACUACAAGUAUCCAGGACACAAAUGUAAUGUUGGUCAACAUAGGAACAGCAUCAACAUUAAGAACUGUUCUAUGAAGUUCCACAACUGAUAUGGGAGACUUUUUAAAUUUGCAUUACAGCACAAUACUUUUGCACUCUUUUGAUAAAUUUAGUGUUAUUUCGCAGUACUUUAACGUUACUGCAUCUUCCGUUGCAAAUGCUUUUGCAUUUCCUCACAGUAGCUUUUACUUUGCAAAAGUUUUUGCAUUUCCUAGCAUAACUUUAGCUUUAGUUCACAAUGUUUUUUUUUUUUGUGGUAUCUCGCAGUAGUUUUAUAUGAUGUCCAAUACUUGCCCAUUUCCUUGCAAUAGUUACGUGUUACGUCGCAAUAACUUCCGCAUUACUUUGCAACACUUUUAGCAUUACCUUGCAAUAUUUGUGCAUUUCCUCGCGAUAACUUUUGCGCUACUCUGCAACACUUCUGCAGCUAUGUUGUUCCCUCACAAUACUUCACAAUAAUACGUUUUGCAUUACUUUACAAUGCUCUUUGUAUUGCAUUGCAUUAGUUUUCUCUUACGUUGCAACAAUUGCUGCAUUACUCACAACGAUGUUUGCUUUCCCUUGCAAUGUGCUUUGCAUUAACCCACAAUAAUUUUUGCACUACAUCGCAAUAACUUUUGCAUUACUUCAUAAUACUUAUGUUAUAUGACUAUAAUGCUUUUGCAUUUCCUCGCUAUAAUUUAUGCGUUACUUUGCUGCUUUACCUUGCAUUAGUUUGGCAUUAUAUCACAUUAUUUUCUUGCAUUCCCUCGCAAUAACUUUUGCAGUUUUAGGCAAUAUUUUUUGUCUUCCCUUGCAACUGCUUUUACUUUGCAAAAGUUUUUGCAUUGCUUAGCAUAAGUUUUGUUUUACGUCGCAUUUUUUUUUUAAAAAUACGACAUAAAAUGUGGUUCAUAGCUACAGAUGUGGCUAAUUCUUCUGACCAUGUUAACUGCUUAGUGAAAAUUUUACAUCAUAACUCAUUUAGCAUCCACUGUAAAUAUUCUGGUGAAUCUGUAGCUAUGAGCCACUUUUUUUUUUUCGGUUUAGGAAGUCUGAUUUCUACUCUGAAGUCAGUGGGUCAUUGAACGGACUGUGAGCUCUAAUUUAGUGAAGAUAAAAGAUGCAGAAGAUAACGUGUCACAAGUCGUGCAUUGUACAAUUUUAAGCUGCAUGUGUUCAGUUUUCCUGUUUGUGCUCAGUAGUUAAGAUGUCUGUUCAACUCUAAUGCGUGUUUUAAGAAAAUACCGAGUAUGAAGAUGAUGUGGGAGGAUGACUGGAGGUCUGAUCUUCUUUCUCUGUUAAUUUUAAGUUUGUAGUUUGACAGUUUUAGUUGAUAAUGAAUUGUUACUUGUAGUGGGUUUUGUGAAAUGGAUGAUAUUUCAUGUAAUAGUUUUAUGUAGUAUUUAUCUCAGGAGACAUUCACAUCUGUAAAGUUCUCUACUCAACCUGUCAGUGUUAAUGUUGUCACAGUGGGCAGUUUUCCUAUUGGAUUUUCUUAUUAUUGCUAAUUAAACAUCAUGUUUGGAUUUGUGGCUUAAACAUCUA